AUGUCGAGUGACCCCGCCUUCCGCCUCGAAGAGCUGCAGUCGCAGAUCAACGUCCGCAACGCCGCGUUGCAAGCGCGCCUGGACUCCGUCAUGGGCGAAACCGGUGAAACCGAGCUGCCGCAGCUGGAGGAGCUGAAGGAGGAGCGCGUGCGACUGAUGCGUGAUAUCCAGCACCACAAGGACGAGGGUGACGCGAAGCUCGUGCAGAUCGAGGCGCAUGAGGGUGCGUCCGCCAUGUACCGCGUGGCUGCGCGCGUGCAGCGCUUCGAGGACUUUGCCAACCACGCCGCCGAGUACGUGGAGAAGGAGCUUCCGGAGGAGAUCAACCGCGUCGCGGAGGCCGACAAGCGCCACUCUGAGGACGAGGUCGCGGCGUACAUCGCCGACUUGCAGUCGGAGCGGGCGGAGGAGCUGCGCAAGAUCAACGUGCUGAAGGAGCGCACGGCUAAGCGGGCGAAGGAGAUCCGUAACGGCCCCCGCGUCGAGCACGAGGAGGUGACAGCCAACAGCCGAGCCAUGAAGCCGAAGGAGGACGAGAUCGAUCGCGAAACGAAGGAGACGAUGAACUACACGGACGAGGCGAAGUCGACGAAGGGAGAGCUUGUGGCGAAGAUCAAGAAGCUGCGCCAAGAGAAGUCCAAGCUGCAAGUGAGCCUGCUGGAUGCGAAGCACAAGAGCGAGAAGGAGAUCCAUGAACUCGAGGCAUCCAUCCGCCGCGCGGAGAUCGCCAACACGCGCGAUGUGCGUCUGUGCCAGCAGCUCAACACCGGAAACGCCGCUCUCACAACAAACGCGCAGAUUCUGCUUGGUCAGUUGAACGUGGAGCACUACGGCGUGGAGGGCGGCCCGACAGAGAAGAUGCUGAUCAAUAUGCGCCAGGAGGAGGCGAAGACAGUUGUCGCGGCAGCAGAGAACGGCAACAAGACCAACGGUUGCAACGGGGGCGGCACGUACCAGCGCAACGACACUGAGAACUCCAACGGCGCCGCAUCCGGCGUCUCUUCGCGCCGCGCAUCGAUCCCGUCGAAGCCCCCACUGGUGGCGCUGAAGCGCACUGAGUCGCAGCGCAACCGCGAUGCCGCCACGGAGCAGGAGCGGCGUGAAAAGGAGGAGGCCGCCAGCGUCGGCAUCUCCCCCGCACGUUCACGCGGUGCCGACUCUGUGCAUAGCGGAGCCGCGGUGAAACCACCUCUGGUGGCGUCGAAGCCGACGUCGAGCCAGCGCAACCGCGAGGCGGCGGUGCGGGCAGACUUGGAACACCGCCGCGAGGAGGACGGCUCCGCGGCGCGCAGCCAACGCCGCGGGUCGGAGUCGUCGCUGCCGGCCGUCGCUUUGAUGAAGACGGAGUCGUCGCGUAACCGCGAGGUGGCGAGCCGCCGCGACUCCAAGAGCAGCAGCCCGCAGUAA